GCCGAGUCACGUUAGAGCGACGACCAUCGUCGGUGCCGUGGCGUCCCGCCGCUUACAGUUGCAGUCGGCGCACCACUCCGCGAGCACGCGACGAUACGCGCGAGCGGUAGCGGCGAGGAUACCCCGCGAGAGGAUACUCGAAUAUCCGGUACUCGGAUGUACGGGCACACGUGUGGCACCGGUGGAUUACUCCAAUUUUGAGGGGGGAGGUCCGCAAGAGGUCCGCCGAGGGAACGAGCGAAAGGGACUCCCGGUGUUCGAAUUCCCGUGAAUGAAAUCUGCCGGUGGAUUACCCAAUCGCGCUCGAAUUUCGAUUCUGAGGGAUCCGUGGUGGCGAGGUGCACACUCACCUGGGAAGAGAGACCCGUGUCUCGUCUCGCGACGGAAGUCUUCCAUUUGUUCAAUUUCGUCCGGCGAGAUCAGCUGGGACCAACCGGAGUAUCGACUGAUCGCGAGCAAAAUCGCGGACACCUGACACUCCUUACGUCAGGCGGUGACCAGAUAAAAAUCGAAGCCGGUGCGGAAGGCGAACGCGCGAUACGCGCGUAUCAGCCGCGCGGCGUCAAGAGGGGGACGGACGCCCUUGCGUGCGUCAUCGCGCCUGUCGCGGGUACAAAUUGCACGCGAGCACGCCCCGGCGGCAGUACACGUGCGUCACGACGACGCUUGGCGUCGGACGCCACGACGGCCGACUCCUUCCUCCGUUCCUGUCAUCGCCCGCAGCGAUAAAUGCACCGCCGUUGCGGAUGACGUCCCGCGCGUUCUCCAAGAUGAUCACCUGGUUCAUCCUACUGGCCCUUGGCUCCGUCUGUCACGGUAUUCCCGUGGCUGAUGAUUUUGUUGAUACAAGCACAGUCGGAGAGGUCGGAAAUGUCUCGGAUGCGACCGUCAUUCCUGAAGUGGAGGGUCACUCCAUGGACGACAUAAUGCCGGGGACGACGAAAUCACCGACGAAUAUCGUGGUAUUCGUAGACGUCCCGGAGCACACAGAAACGGAACUGGACUCGUCCGUGCUGUUGGCAUGUCGAACCGCCAGUCCUGUGGCCGAAUGCCAAUGGUCCUGGCAGCCAUUGCCACCAGUUCAUCUGCCGCUUCCGGAUGUCAGUGAAAGCCCGCCGAUUUCCACGACCGCAGCGAUCUCGACGAUCGAGAUCACGAUGACUCCCACGACCCACCCGUUGCCAGUACGACAGUUUCCCGCGUUCGGGAACAACAGCAACGAUUGCUCCGUGAGAUUCUCCAGCACCAAGCACGAGCAGACAGGAUACUGGACCUGCGCGGCGAGGGUCUCCACGAGCGAUCCUUUCACCAACACCGAACCCGCCAAGCUGAGUAUUGUCAACCCUAAUGAUGGCAUCCCCAUCACAUUCGCGACAUACGAGAACGUCGUCGAGGUGCCGGCGGGAUCCUCGGGGCAGAUAAUGUGCCAGACGAAGUCGCCAGUGCGCGAAUGCCAGUGGUCCUGGCGACAGCUGAACCAGUCGCAGCCCUGGAACCUCGAUGUGAAAUCAUUUCCAGCCUUCGGUAAUGAUAGCACGGAAUGCAGCAUCAAGUUCAAGAACGUCCUGCCGGAGCAGGAAGGCUACUGGACCUGCGGAGCGCGAACCGACCCGAAUUCCACGUUCACCCAAUCGACUCCCGUGCGAUUCCUUAUAUCAGAAGUCGAAUUCGUGCAGUUGUCACGCGGCGUGCAGGUCGCAGCUGGCGAGUCGGUCUUCCUGCGAUGCCUGGCGAACAAGCCGGUGGUACAGUGCGAAUGGUCAUGGAGGGCGUCGAACUCGAGUAAGGAACCGCUGCUGGUGAAGAAGUUCAAUCCAAACAAGGACACUGAUCAUGAUUGUUCCGUGCGAUUCAAGAACAUACUGUACGAGCAAGAGGGACUAUGGACCUGCGGGGUCCGUUUGACGCCGGAAGGGAUCCUGCACACGGCGCCCGCAGCCACUGUCAGCCUUUUGCCUACAGAUAAGGUAAGUUUCGCCGAGGUGCCGACGGACAUAGCGACAUCGGUGGGCGCGGAAGCUGUUCUCAAGUGCAUCACCAGCAGCCGCGUGGAGAAAUGCGCCUGGAUGUGGAGACCGCUUCACGGCAGCGAUCCCGAGAUCGUUAUCGACGAAUUCCCGAGCAUCGGUGAUCUCGGUCGCGACUGUUCGCUCCACUUCCCGCAGGUGCAAGCGGAAAAGCAGGGCCACUGGCGCUGCCGAGUAUCAAUCACGUCGCUCAACACCGUCCUGACAUCACCACCCGCCAAACUCGUGGUCUACGAACAAGCCGAAGUGAAGUUCUCGGAGCUGUCGCAGGACAUCCAGAUCUCCUCCGGCGGCAGCGUGCUACUGCGCUGCGUCACGUCGUCAGCGGUGGAGCAGUGCCGCUGGUCGCUCACGCCGGUCAACUCCAACACCACCGUAGUGGUGAAGCAGUUCCCGGCGGCCGGGAAUGAGGCCCGCGACUGCAGCGUCCGUCUGAGUCACGCUCUCGCCGAGCAGGAGGGUCUAUGGACCUGCGGCGCCAGGGUACACGGCCAGCAGAACUAUACAGACGCGCCACCCGCGAAGCUCAGCCUCCUCGAGCCAGAGCCUGUCACUAUCGCGGUUUGGGCUGCGCCUCAUCAGAUGGUCACCCUUGCAUGUAGGGUCGGAGUCGUGUCGUCAGACGCGAAAUGCCACUGGAUCCACGCUCCGAAGGUUCACAUACACCAGGAUUCCAGCAAGCAGGCGAAGAAAACGAGGCACAAUGUGCAAAUGGAUUACGCUACCGGCAUAUGCAAACUUGUCUUCAAACCGGAUCAUUCCGAUUUAGGACAAUGGACUUGCAAGUUUACCAUUGAGAACGAGAAUGAAACCGACGUCGAGAUAGGAAGUGCGUCGCUCGUUCUACUGAAUAGCUUAGCAGCUUCUUUAUAUCACACAGACGAGAAAUUAGGAUGGAUUGUGGGUGCCCUGACGGCCGUAAUCCUGUUCCUCAUGAUAAUCGUCGUCGUGCUGGUGGUGUGCAAGGCACGUCUCUUCGUUCGUAGAACACCGGAGGUCCUGGAGACAUUACCUGUCGACGGAAACGACGGACAGAAACAAAGCAGCAACAGAAUCUGCAACGACAGAUGCAACGAAAGCUCGGGGAAGAACAAUUUUCAAUUCGUGCAGGACAACAGCAACGACGCAGCGAGCAUCGACAGCGUCUUGCCUAACAGGAGUCCGCGAGUGCAUGAUCGCACGGAGAAAAUACCGUCCAAGCACGAGAAUGCUGGACUGUGAUGUGACUAUGGUAGACCAUGUAGUCUCUUCUUCUGUUGUAUCAUAUUAUAUUAAUAGCAUGUAAUGAUAAAUAUAAUAUAAAUUAAUAAAUUAUGUAAC